AUGAUAUUUCGAGUCAACCGUAACAACAAGCCUUAUUUGAAGCUGAUUAGAUUUGGACCGGGUGUCUCGUACGACCACAAGGACAAGCUGAACGAGUUCUUCAUUGGCAGAAUGAGAAUGGUCACGUAUAACAGCCAGGAACCUUAUUCGGGACAACAGGUCAUAGUGGAGAUGAAGCACCUCUACGGCUCCCAGAUCCUGACCAUGUUCGUGCCCACCACCAUCGUCAGCCUCAUAGGGUACGGCACCUUCUUCUUCAAGUGGUAUGACUUCACCAACCGCAUCAUGGUGUCCCUGACGGUGUUGCUUGUGCUCACGCAACUCUUCUCGCAGACGUCGACCAUGCUGCCCAAGACGUCCUACUUCAAGCUCAUCGACAUCUGGUUCUUCGGCUCCAUCACGUACACGUUCGUGGUGAUCGUCGUGCACACGGCGGUCGAGUACAUGCACGUGUACGACCACGAGAUCGAGGACCUGCAAGAGAAGAUCCAACGAGCCGCCACCUUCUACCGCGAGAUCACGCCGCAGCCCACGCCGGGAAUCUCCGACGCCGUCAGACGCUUCAGCGACUCCGAUGAGCCUCAGUCGGUCCCGGAAACGUCGGCCAUCGCCAAGGACGACGAGGGCAUCGAAGGCACCCGUCGCCGUCGCCAUCGUCGCCGCCGGCACCAUCACCGCCACGGCCACAAGAAGCGACAGAAGCUCAGCAAGAAGUACCUCCUGCCGGUGAUCAUGAAGGCCAGGAUGCUGUGGAAGGCCAUGCAGAGGCCAGAAGCGGAGGGCGACCGCAACCCCAACUUCUGGCCGAUCGUGGUGGACAAGCUGGGCAACAUCAUCACCACCCUCAUCUACAUACUCCUGAACCUCAUCUUCUGGACGGUGGCCUUCACCCAGCACGUCUUCGAGUCGCUCAUGGACAUAGACGACCCCAAUUACGUGGACUCCGUCGAGAACGCCACCAGCAGGGUCUCUUCAGAAGUUCUAUAUUAA